AUGGUGAACGAAACAGCAUGGACAGGGGCUGCGGAGGCCGUGAAAUACGGCGUCCACCUCGGCAUGUGGACCAAUUGGUCCCGUGGCCGUGUCCUGGGAGCAACAUUGACUCUGUCCCGCAAGGACGGGAACUAUCUUCUUGCGUUCACAGCAUUCUUCAUAGGGCUCGUCUCUACGCGUUUCUGGCGUAUCCUUUGUUUUAUUCUGCACAACCGGUUCUCGACAUCAACAUCUCGCGACGCACUUUAUCACCAACAACAAGCUAUACUCCGCAAUUCCGACUCGGCGGAAUCAGGCCUCUUGGUACUUUGCCAGCUCGUCUGGGCAUGGCACAAGACUGUCAAACGAUCAUUUGUCCGUGUGUUGCCUGUUAUCGCAACGGCAGCCUUGUCCGCAUUUGCCUUUACGAUGGCGGGAGGUUUCUCUUCCUCCAUAUCCACGGGUGUUGGCAACGAUGUUCUUCUCGAUGGCUCAAACUGCGCGUUUGUAAACACCGGAUAUCCCGACAUCGGGGCUUCAAGUGUCCUACAACCAUAUACAUCGCGACGGUCAAACAGUGCCGCCAAUUAUGCUCAACAGUGCUACUCCACCAAUGCCUCCGGUAUGCUUGACUGUGGAACGUUUAUCAAGGCCAGAAUUUCUAGCUCAGUUGAUAAUCACACGCCCUGUCCGUUUGCCGAAGGCCUGUGUCAAAGUGAUGCAAAUAUACGCCUCGAUACUGGAUAUAUUGACAGUCACGAGCACCUCGGAUUGAACGCUCCCUUCGACGAGAGGGUCAUCUUCCGCACUGUCCUUCAGUGUGCCCCUCUUGUGACCGAAGGAUACACCAACGACAUAAGCAACAUAAGCACUCCGGCCCAGAACUACACAGCAUACUAUUACGGCCCUGACAGGUUCGGGCAAAAUUACACAUUCUCCACAACCAGCUGGGACACUCAGUACCUCCAGAUAAGUGGAAACGAGUUUAAACUAACUAAUCUAUUGACCGAAAUGCUGAAUGGCAGCGUUUUCCCCUUGUACUCCGAUUUCACGCCUACUCCUGGUCUCUUCCCAGCAGACGGUGACCUGAUGCUCACAUUCCUAAUUGGAAACGGGGUCCAAUUCUUAGAGAGGACUGACGACCCAUGGUAUCGCGGGACUGUGCCUGGGGAAAACUUUACCUGGAUCAUGGCAAAAGGCCAGUCAAUAAUGAGCUACAGGCCAGAACAAGCUGCCUCACCCCUGGCUUGCCUACAACAGUAUCAGUUCUGCAAUCCUGCUCUACCGGAAGAAAGCCGCUGCGGUCCGCUAGCGAGCUUGCUCGACGCGCAGACCCGUGCAGCACAUCUAUUCAACAUGACAGAAGACCAGAUAGCGAACAACGACAUCCCUGACACGCCGGCCGGCUCGCGGUAUGUCUGGUUUCUCCAGUUCCUGACGCUCGCGACCAUCGGUCUGGACGACCUGAUCAACGCACUCGGGCCGAACUCGCUGGCAUCUCAGCAAAGCCUGAAUCGGAAUGGGGGCAUCAUGGGCGUUAUACCAAAUAAGCAGUGGCAACUUGACGUGGAGAAUUGGUGGGCUAUAUACAUGGCAUCUAUGCAGGCGGGCAUGGUCGACGUGGCCAAUGGUCCAAACGACCCGGCGCUUGAGCCGUACGACAUCCUUCCUUUUAACUCCCAUGUCAAGAAGUUGUGCAAUAACCAAAAAAUCCUCAGCAGCGACUACACCUCAUUCAGUGUGUUUGGGCUGUGUUUCAUUUAUGUCAUCGGCGCUCUGAUAAUAGCAACUUCUCUUCUCCUCGAGCACAUUCAGGCCUGGCUUUACCGUCGUCGAAAUCUGAGGGAGUAUGCCUACCUCGAAUGGACAGCCAAUGAGACCCUUCAGCUGCAGAGAAUGGCCUACCAGGGCCUCGAAUCAGGUCACUGGUCCCAUUAUACUGACCGCAUCCCCCUGACUGAACCAGGCGAUACGUUGGCUAAUCUGGCUGGAAGCUACCCCUUCGACGGGAAGGAGGAGGCCGGCGCCCAGAGGAGAUAUUCGGUUAACAAGGGAAAUGGCACGACCGUUAUUACUGUGCAGGCAGCGCCCCUGACGCAGAUCGAGACCGACGGGAGCUCAGGGACACCGUGCGAUGAUAACUCCCAUAUGGAGCAGGCCGGCGCGGGAAGGAGGCAUUCGGUGGAGGUCGUUCCUGCCGGACAUAGCCCACGGGAUGAAGACGUUCACUCGCCAGCUCUCCCUGACGUGGAUGCUAACCCUCAACCGCCUGCAGAUGCAGCGCCCGUGACGGUUAAUCCAACCACUCACCCUGGCGCUUAA